CUCAAACAGUCAACAAACCAUCACAUCAAUAAUCUCACUCUCUUAAUCAUUGUAGCAAUGGCCAAGGCAGAGAAGAAACCAGCAGAGAAGAAACCGGCGGCAGAAACCACCACCGCCGCAGCAGAAAAGAAGCCAAAAGCCGGUAAGAAGCUUCCGAAGGAUCCCUCCGCCGUCGCCGGAGACAAGAAGAAGAAGCGUUCGAAGAAGAGCGUCGAGACGUACAAGAUCUACAUCUUCAAGGUGCUGAAGCAGGUCCACCCAGACAUCGGGAUCUCGAGCAAAGCGAUGGGGAUCAUGAACAGUUUCAUCAACGACAUCUUCGAGAAGCUCGCCGGCGAGUCUUCCAAGCUCGCGAGGUACAACAAGAAGCCCACGAUCACUUCCAGGGAGAUUCAGACGGCCGUGAGACUCGUCUUGCCUGGAGAGUUGGCGAAACACGCUGUUUCGGAAGGGACCAAGGCGGUUACCAAGUUCACGAGCUCUUAGAUUUGGAAUUGUUUGUAAUGGUUUUUUUUUAAGUUUUAACUAGUUGUUGGUAGUUUUAUGCUUUUUGGUAUCGUAAUCAGGUUAUGUAAUUUGGCGACUA